AUGCCUCUAUUUAUUCUUUCAAAAGAACAUGAUUUCAAUGAAAUUAUACUCGAACGACGUUUAAAUACUAUUCUAUUUACUGUCUGCUGGUCGUUAGGUUCAAAAAUCAUUUUACCAACAAUAACCGAUUUAUCCUAUGAGAAAAAUUUAGCUCAUGUAAACUUCUAUCGAAUUGAUAUCGAUGAAAAUAAUAUUGAAUUAGCGCAACGAUUGAAUGUAGCAACAAUUCCUACUAUUCAAUGGUAUUUUCAAGGACAUAAAUUAGACGAAUCAAUUGGUAUUGAUCUUGAACAAUUUACAGACAAAACACGACAUUUAGCAAAAAUUUAUAAACGUAAGACAAUUGAAGAACCAUCAACAAGCAAUGAGUAUACAGAAAACAAAUCAUCGUGA